AUGAGGGUGCUGGGCUCGGCGACGCUAGAGCUGCUCCAGACGCUGGGCGGCAGCGAUGCGGGCAAGGCAGGCUCGGCCGCGACAAUGCUGGCGAUCAUGGCGCGCGACUCGGGCAAGGCCACGACCAUGGCGGCGCUGGGCGCCUUUGACCGGAUUGCGGCGCAGCUGGCGACGGCCGAGCUCCCGCUGGCUGUACGCCGGUCGAUGUUUGUCCUGCUUGCGGCGCUGGUGACAGUUGAGGCCAACGUGGUCAAGCUGGCCGCGUCGCAGGGCGAGCUGCUCGGACAUGUGUUCUCGGUGGCGGCGAUGGGCGAUGCCGGCGACCCGGCGUGCGUAGCCAUGGCGGCGUUUAUUGCUGCCGCUGCCGCCGCCACAGAGCCCGAGGUCGAGGUCGACGACGAGCUGGCCCACGCGCUGCUGGCGGCGGCGGAAUCGGUGGCCGAACCGGAAGCCGCAGCCGAUCUCUCGCGCGCCGCGAGCGCGAACCCGGACAACCCCCCGCAUGCCGGCGUCUGCACCAACACCGGGUGCACCUCCUGUGGCGAGCCUGCCUUUCUCCGCUGCGCCGAGUGCGAGUUCCUCUCAUCGGCCGCCGAGACGCGGCUACAGUUCUUUUCAUUUGGCAGCGCUCUGAGCGAGUAG